GCAAACAUUAGUCCGCUUUAGGUCCAAGAUGGCUUCGCUUCUGCAGCCGCAGUUAGUGGUGUAUCUAGUAAGUGGAGAGAAAAAAAUACGGGCUCCAUUGUCUCAGUUGUACUUUUGCCGAUACUGCACUGAGCUGCGGUCUUUAGAAUGUGUUUCCCACGAGGUGGACUCUCACUACUGUCCAAGCUGCCUAGAAAAUAUGCCAUCUGCAGAAGCGAAGCUGAAAAAGAACAGAUGUGCUAACUGCUUUGACUGUCCCUGCUGCAUGCAUACCCUCUCUACACGAGCAACAAGCAUUCCUGCUCCACUUCCAGAUGACCCUGCUAAAACCACCAUGAAGAAAGCAUACUACCUGGCGUGUGGCUUUUGUCGCUGGUCUUCAAGAGAUGUGGGCAUGGCUGACAAGUCUGUUGCUAGUGGGGGAUGGCAGGAGCCCGAGAAUCCACAUUCACAGAGGAUUAAUAAGCUGAUAGAAUACUACCAGCAACUUGCUCAGAGAGAGAAAAUAGAGAGAGAUCGUAAAAAACUGUCAAGACGUAGAAACUAUGUACCAUUGGCAUUUUCUCAACAUACAAUUCAUGUGGCGGAUAAGUUUGGACUAGGGACAAGACUUCAGCGACAGAGGUCAGGUGCCCCAAUCAGUGCACUUGCUGGGCUAACCCUAAAGGAAGGAGAAGAUCAGAAAGAAAUAAAAAUUGAACUUGCACAGGCAGUUGAGGAGGUGGAACCUCUCCCUGAAGACUAUUAUAUUAGAUCAAUUAACCUGACAGAGGUGACAACCCUCCAUCAGCGUUUGUUGCAGCCAGAUUUUCAGCCACUUAGUGCUUCUCAGCUCCAUCCACGCCACAAGCACCUACUGAUCAAACGUUCUCUUCGCUGCAGGAAAUGUGAACAUAAUCUGAGCAAACCAGAAUUUAACCCAACCUCUAUCAAGUUCAAGAUUCAGCUAGUGGCUGUGAACUAUAUCCCUGAAGUGAGAAUAAUGUCUAUUCCAAAUCUUCGUUACAUGAAGGAGAGCCAGGUUCUACUUACCAUAACAAAUCCUGUGGAAAAUUUUAUUCAUGUGACACUGCAGUCCUGUGAAGAAGGGGAUCCCGAUGACAUCAACAGCACUGCCAAGGUCAUGGUACCCCCAAAAGAACUGGUCUUAGGAGGUAAGGAUGCAGCUGCCGAAUAUGAUGAACUGGCAGAACCCCAGGAUUUUCAGGAUGACCCAGAUGUAAUAGCUUUCAGAAAAGCUAACAAAGUUGGAUUCUUCAUCAAGGUGAUUCCACAACGUGAGGAGGGAGAUGUCAUUGUGAGCUUUAAAAUGAGGCAUGAAUUCAGAAAUCCAGCAACUUCUCUCCGCCCCACUGAAGAGGGAGAACAGACAUCAGAAAUAGUAUGGCUGAACCACCAUGUUGAGUUGACCCUAGGUCCGCUUGCACCUUAGGUCCACAGAAGAAUAGUCAGUGUAACAGUUUGUCGAAGAAAACUACACUAGGCUGAACCUAUUGAAACCAGCUGCCAGAGCUAUUCACUGAUGUGUUAUCUUGAAAAGUUUGGACUGUAGUAAACAGCAAAAGUUCCUUAUAUCAGGAAAAACUUUCUUUAGGGUGCUGUUUUGUUUUUGAAAAUGUGAUUAAAUUAUAUGGCUGUUUGAAGUUCAGGAUAAGUGCAGAGAUGUACAUGGUAAAGCAGUUUUUUUUUUCACAGAAGGGUUUGUAGUGCACAUUUCUUGUGUUUAGUUGUUCUUGCACCACUCUUCCUUUUCCAUGUCUCCUUGCAUGGAACAGCUUUAGAGUAGUUGUACUUAAAAUACAUUCAUUGAUUUUGCUUGUCCAGAAACAGCACACAUUAAUUCAAAGAAUGGUUCCAGACUUCUUGUUAGAAAGUGAAAGCAGUCACAAUAAUGGUUGUUGUUUGAUAUUAGUGGCUGGAUUUCCAAUCUCCUGCUGUUAUUAGAUUUGUAUGUUAUUUUAUAUUGCAGUAGGUGUAAAUCCUGUACCAGCCACCACCAAAAGCACUUCAGGCUGACCAUGGAAGCUGUUUGGAGUUUAUAAUGACACUGUUCAUGCACCUGCUGUGAAGCUAUGCUGCUGUAGUUAAAUGGCCAUCAACCACAUGACAGCAAUGUGCUUGAUGCUGUAUUAUUUAUACAUCAUCAAACUCCCAGAGCCUGAAAAGCACUGCAUUUAUACAACUGUACAGAAGAAAACGGAAUAUGAUUGUUGAUCCUAAUGUAACAGUUUAGCCAAGAUGCUGGAGUAAGAAUGUUUUCUGGGAAAUGUGCAUUAGUACUUAGUAAUUUAUGAAUAUAUUACAAGACAAAUUCAUUGAAUGUAUUCCAUGUAGCUGUUGAGAUCCUGUCUGCAAAUGCUGAUAAAUAUUUUUGUGUAUCCCACAUAGGGAGCCUUCCCUUUAUGCAAGCAGCUGUUUUUUGAUAAAAUGUAAAAAAAUGCUUUGAUAAGUUUUAAAAUUACUUACACAUGUAGGCUGAAUUUCUCAGUUCCUGAGCAGUAGCCACAUCACCAAGUAGUACUACACCAAUUUGUUGUGGCUCUGCUCCAAGACUGAUCUUUGCAGCAGUGUUUUUGGCUUAUUGUUCCCAUUGUGCACAAAACUGGUUCUGAUUUUUUGUGUUAAGCAUGUUUGUAAAUCUAUGCAUUAUUCACAGCUGUUACUGGGGCAGUGCGGAUACAAAUGCAGUAGUUGGAGUUCAUCUUAAACCAUUAAUGUGUAAUAUCCAGUAUUUUACACAUUUGUCUCACUGUUACUCCUACGGUGUAUGCAUACAUAGGAAUGUACACCAUAUUAAAGAAUGGUAGCAGCACAGAAGGUGGUAUCUUAAGUUUAUAAAAGUUGAAGGUUGCACUGUAUGUUGUCCAGUUUGUUUUAUUGACAUGUUGAUGUAUCAUAAGUAUCUUGGUAUUCUAGAAGAAUUCAUCUGAAAGAUCUGCCUUUUUUUUCUCUUUUUUGCUGUAGUAAAACAGAAGUAAACUAACGUGUUUGCAUCUCCAUGACAUUUUAGGACUAGCGGUGUACCUUAGUUUGCAAUCUUCUUGUGUGGCUUGCUGUCCCUAGGAAACCAUAUUUGUAGGCUAGUUGUCUUACGAGAUUAGUUAAUAUAGUUUUACAGUGACAGCCAGAUAUGAAUUUCUGUGUCAUUUUGCAUUUGUUACUGACUCCUCCAGUGGUUGUGCAAUUUUAUUUUGGAAGUACACUAACUUGUUACGCAGUGCCAAAUUGCAGUUUAAAUUUACAACAUUUAUUCUCAUUUACUGAGUACAGAUCACUGAAGUGAGAAUUCUUAUAGCUUUAUAAAAUAUAUAGACAUAGGAGUAGAUUUGUUGUAAAGUGUAAUAAAGUAUUUAUUCAUUAAUAUAUAGAGUUUAAAAUCUGCAGCUGUAUUGCUUCCUGUUCUAAACCUUUUAGGCUCAAAAAGCAUAAUCAUGAUCAUCUGCACUGGUGGUUUAGGCUUCUGAAGCAAAAUGUAACACAAGGUUUAGCAUGUCUGUACUGGUGUCCAUGUUUGUUUCUGUGCUGUUUUCAUGACACUUUUUGUACAUAGCCUGCAUGCUGCCAUAGCUGUGUCCCUUAGUUGGGCACUCAUUCUGGCAAAAUCUCAUUUGUCUUGCUUUAGGUAAUUAUUGCUGAAACUAAAACAGCAUCUCUGCAUUUAACUUGAAAGUAAAUGUUAAAUGUUCAGCAUAAAAUCAAAGACUGGCAGCACAAAAACAUCCUAAUUUAUAUGUGUCAACACUUACUAACUUGGGCCAAGAAUUGUUUUGCUUGAAACAUAAAAGUAAAGUAUAACCACUGUUAGGUAUUAGUUUUCUUAAAGUGGAGUGGACUGGAGGAAGGAAACGUUUUUAUUGUGUACAGUAACAGUACUGUACUAGUGAUUCAACUGUUAGGUUUCACUUAGUGUAUGUAACCGAUAACCAGAUAAAUAAACUGAGACAAAAAACUUCA